AAAUGCCAUCACGUACGACGGCUAGUUCAAAGAAUGAUUAGAAAUAGAUUAGUCUCUAGAUCUAGAUAAGUUUUAGUUAGUAUGUUAUAAACUUAGAGAAACAUCUGUCUAUUUUUGUAAAUUUGGCUAUGGUAUCUACUUUCUGCUGAGACAACACAUCAAACAAAAAAUAAUGCAAGACAAGGAAAGACUGUUUAAAGCCAUCAGAGAUGGUAAAUCAGAGCUUGUUAAUUGGCUAUUAGACACUGGCCUUAGCCCUGACAGUAGACUGGAUGAUGAGCAAAAAACACCAGCUGUGAUUUAUUCAUUGAAAUGUUCAAAACUAAAAUGCCUUCAAAUUUUGCUUGAACACAAGGCUACAGUGGAUGCCCCAGAUGAAAUGAGAAUGACAGCUGCCAUGUAUGCUGCUGAUACUGGUAAAUUGGAAUACCUCAAGCUUCUUCAGAAGUUUGGUGCCAAUGUAGAUAAAUCUGAUUCAGAGGGAGUUACAGCUUUAAUGCUGUCAUCUCAGUCUGGUAAAAUAGAAUGCGUCCAGUUCUUGCUGGGCGAAAAAGUGGAUAUAAAUAAAAAAGACAGAAUGGGUAAAUCUGCUAUUUUUUAUGCUGCUGGACAAGGUGAAGUACAAUGUCUCCAGCAUUUGAUUGACAAGAAGGCGGAGAUUAAUUUCUGUGAUCACAAUCAAUAUUCUGCACUUAUGCAUGCACUAAAACUUGGGGAGCUUGAGGCAGCACAGUUACUGAUUGAUAACAAUGCGGAUGUAAACUUUGUUGGUUUGGAUGGAAAAACAGCCUUUACUUUAGCUUAUUACAACAGCUUGGGUGAUUACAGCAUCAUUGAAGAUCUACUUCUGCACGGUGCAGAUUUAAACUUGUCACCAGAAGAUCAAUCUUUUUUACACAUCAUGGUGGCAAAAAACCAUCGAACAAUUGUAAGGCGUAUGGUGAUAAAUGGCUGCCCUCCUACUGAUAGACGAUGCUCUGAUAACUGCUUCAGGUUCAAUCACCACAAAGUACCCAUUUCUCCAUUGUGUGUUGCUCUACUAAGUGGCAAUGAUGAUAUAGCUCGUUAUUUCAUAAUCAACAGAUAUUUUACAUCAUAUGACUUGUUUCACUUAGCUAAGGACAUAGAAUUUUACCAAAAAAUAAAUACGUCAGAAGAUAAUGAAAUAUCCCUGUUAGUUGAAUACCUUGAAGGAUUUUCCUAUCCACUUCAGGAUAUUUGUUUAGUGGCUGUACGUACAUUGCUCAAUGCAACACCAUCAAGCAUGUCACAAAAAGCUUCAGUGCUCUCGAGGUGGAAACUUCCUGAAAGCAUCCAGCGCCAGUUGCUGUUUACAGAGCCAUCCUCAAGUCUGUGCGUUCAGUGUUGGCAAGCCAUUUCACUAGAACGAGACCAGAGCAUAGAAAUUUGCAACUGCAGUGACUGUGAAAUAGAACGAUCAAUACAAGGCAGCACCAGUGGUUUUAAAAUAAAACAUUGAUUCUUUUCUUUAAAGCCUGAAUGACAUGAUAGCAGCCAUCAAUUUGCAGUUUGCCUCCUAGAACCAAAACCUCUAAAUUAUG